UCCAUUACCUGCAGGGCUGCUGCAAUGAAGACUUCAGGGUUUUACUUCAUGAAUAAUGAAUUUACGGCUACCGUGGCCGCUGUCAUCGUGACAGCCAUUACGCACCGAAAGCUGCGCCGGUCCGGCUUCUGGUUCGGGUUGGAGCAGGUGCACUCAUGGAGUCUCACCUGGUCUGGUAUGUCCCAUGUGUUCUGUCUCUGGUCAUACACCUGAGCCUGGCAGCACCCGGGUUGCCCGGGACACAAAGAGCGGAGUCAGAAGAUGCUCAUCCUCCUAAGAUAGCUCUACCCAAUCCCUUUGGCUCUGGAGAAGAGGAACGCAAGUUGUUGCAAAAUUAUAUUCAAUCCACUCUAAAGAACGACCAAGGACGACCAGAGAUCAGUUCCAGGGAACAAGAGGUGUUCUUCCUGUUUCGUCUGUAUGAUUUUGAUCGAAGUGGGUACCUGGAUGGCUUGGAGAUGAUGAAGCUUCUGUCUGAUUAUAAUUCCCAUCAUGCAUCUGGUGCAGAGGCUGGUGACCUGGUGGUCUCCAUGGUAGAUUUCUUACUUCAAACUCAGGAUCUAAACCAAGAUGGACUGCUGAACCCUUCUGAGCUGCUAUCGCCUGCAUACAUUCACACAGAGGAGCAGGAGGUGGCAGUGGAGCACACAAAGGAAGAGGCUCAUCAAGAAAUUCAGCCUCAAGAGGAAAACAUACUUCAGCAGGAAGUAGAGACGGGACAAGACAAAGCCAUACAAAAAACAAAUGAACAUGAAAUUGCAGAAGCCGUUGCAGAAGGCCAGGGGCAGCUGCAUGAAGUCCCCGUACACCAGGGCCAGCCAGAAAUAUGAAUACACUUACAGACACUAUAGAAAGCACCACUCCACCAUUAUGGCCUCUUGUGUACAGCUUGCUGAAAUUGACCAUUGAGUUAAAAGUACCACUAGAAAGGAUUUCUAAAUCUGCAUCCCCACAAAUGGUUUUUCUUCACUGAGGACUACAAUACAAGGCUAAUACAAACAUGUGCCUGUUUUUGUGUCCCAAUAAUAUGUUGCUCUUCCUAUGAAUGCAAUGAUUCCUAAAGCUGGAAAAGGUUAAAAAAUAGAUUUUCCUCAAAGUAAAAGCCAUUAUUAUUAUUAUUAGAGACAUUCCUUACAAAUAAUUUUUUUCUCUUUUUCCUAGUGCAUCAAUGUUUUAUUUGCAGUUUUUCACCAUUUUCUUCCAUACCUGAAAAUUUGACUGUACUUUUCAAGUUUUUGAAAUUUGUUAUAUUAUGUCAAAGUUUAAGCAACAACUUAAAAAAUGCUUAGUU